CCGCUGCGCACUUGGUGUUGAGGAUUCAAAAUACUUCUCUACCAUCACCAGCCACCUCGUGUUCCCCAUGCUAUCCAAAAGUAGCAAACCAGCAUCUGUAAGUCAAUAUGGCCCAACUUCGGCUUCCACCCGCGACCUUCCCUUUCCAGCCCUCGUACCUGCAGACAUCGGCCAGGAUGUAAGCUGCUACACCCUUGCAAACCCCGGUCAUCGUCACUGAGCACUUUCCCACCCGCAGCUGCACCUCUACGAGGAUGGCAACACCGAGGGCAAAUCCGCGGCGGGGUUUUGCCGGCGGGCGGGAAUUACCACAUGGCGGACAUUUACUUAUAGGAAACUGACCGCUGUCCUGGCUUUCGGGCUGCUUCUCGUUCUCGCAUUCUGGGAAUUGGAUCGAGCCCGUCGCGAGCCUGGCAGUGGAGGAGAUAUGGCUCGACAGGGACGACGUUGGUUGUGCAAUGCGCUCAGCAUAUGGACGCUGCUCACGACAGCGAUAUCCGCAACUUCAACGGCUCCGCAGGUCAAAGUCCGCAAUGGCACGUACGAAGGCCUCCACCUCGCGUCCUUCAACCAAGACCUCUUCCUCGGGAUCCCCUACGCCCAAGACACAGGCGGCCAGAAUCGCUUCCGCGUGCCACAGUCAUUGAACGAGACAUGGACCGGUGUCAGAGAAGCAAAACAAUACGGGCACGCAUGUCCCGACCACACUCCCAAGGACGACGCCGAAUUCGGCAUGAGCGAGAAUUGUCUGAGCAUCAACAUCGUUCGUCCAGCUGGAAUCUCUCCCCAUGCAAAGUUACCCAUUGCGGUUUGGAUUCAUGGCGGCUCGUAUCAGGUCGGCACCAGUGCGCUACCCUACUACAAUCUCACGUACAUCGUGCAGAGGAGUGUGGAAAUCGGGAAGCCGAUUAUUGGCGCGAGCAUCAAUUACCGGAAAGGUGGGUGGGGGAUGAUGUACUCGAUUGAGAUCCAGGGGAGCGGGAAUACAAAUCUUGCCUUGAGGGAUAUGCGGAAAGGACUCGCGUGGAUCCAGGAGAAUAUUGGUGGAUUCGGGGGUGACAAGGACCGAGUUACUAUCUGGGGAGAAAGUGCUGGGUCCUUUGCUGUGGGCCAACUCCUCCUCUCCUACGGAGGCCGCACCGACAACCUCUUCCACCGCUCCAUCCAAGAAUCCGGCUCCGCAGCCACCGCCUGGUACAACGGAACCUCCUGGUACCAACCCAUCUACGACAAGCUCGUCCGCCAGACAAACUGCACCUCGUCCCCCGAUACCCUCGCCUGCCUCCGCGCCGUCCCCUACACCACCAUCUACCCCUUCCUCGACAGCUCCAAAGUCGGCGGCCCGGGCUUCUACCCCACCGUCGACGGCGACAUCAUCCCCAACUAUCCCACCGAGAUGCUCCGCGCCGGCCACUUCGCCCACGUCCCGCACCUGUACGGCACAAACUCGGACGAAGGCACCGACAACGCGCCCCCGGGCAUCAUCAACACCGACGACGACCUCUACAACUACCUCGUGGGCUCCACGGGCUACGACUUCCCCCCUUCCACCGUCCGCGAAAUCAUGCGCCUCUACCCGGACGACCCCUCACUGGGCAUCCCCCUCAACACCGGCGACGAGCGCUUCGAAGAUAAGGGCAAGCAAUAUAAACGCGCCGCCGCCAUCAUCGGCGACGUCUUCUACCACGCGACCCGUCUGGACGAUGCGCGGCACUACUCCGCGCACGCACCCACUUACAUAUACAGAUUCAACACGCGGCCCUGGCAGAAUCGCACGAACGAGACGUGGACCGAUUUCGAGGGCGGGUUGGCACCGGAAUACAAAGGCGUGCAGCACUUCUCCGAAGUACAGUUUGUAUUUGGCAACCCGAGGUUCGUGGGUCCCUGGCCCGAGUAUCAGGCGUUGAGUCGGACGAUGAGCGCGUUGUGGAUUCAUUUUGUUAAUCAGGGGGAUCCGAAUGGCGAGGAUUUGCCUGUUUGGCCUGAGUAUACUGGUGGUGGGAGGAAGGGGUAUGGUAGAGGGUUUGCCGGGUAUGGGGAUGAUGGCGUGAGUGGGAAUGGGAAUGGGACGGAGGGUGGGAAGAAGACGGUGGGGUGGAAUCUGGUGUUGCAGGCCGAGGGGAGGGGCCAGAAUGGGAGUUUUGUCGAGAGGGAUGAUUGGAGGUUGGAGGGGAGGGAGUACUUGAUUCAGUGGGCCAGGAGGAGGCAUGUAUAACUGAAAAACCGGGCACAUGGUGAAGAGGAUGGAUGUGGUGGCUGGUUGGUUUGAAUGGUUAAGGGUAUCCUUCACUCCUUCACGCCAGCUGGCUCAGGGAUGUCACACGAUCAUGGAGAAGACCAAGUGCGGGAAGUAGAUAUGAUGGAUCGUAUACAGUUCUGCGUAAUCACACGAAUGCGCUUAGAGCUUGCUCCUCGCCUUACUCUUGGCCGCCAACUCGGCCCUCUUCUUCGCGAACCGCUGUAUAGGUGCAUCCUCGACGAAGCGCUCGGCCAGCGCAUCGACGGCGUUGACGACAGCCAUCAUUCUCCUAUGAUC